AUGGCUCAGCCAAACAAUAAUAACAAUAACAAUGGUGAUGAUGAUCAAAAAUACAAGAAGAUCUUCGUUGGAGGUUUAGCAUGGAUAGUAACAACUGAUAUUUUGAGAAGAUACUUCCAAGAAAAUUAUGGAGAGGUUGUUGAUGCUAAUGUUGUCAGCGAGUCUCUCCCUGGUGGUAACUUAAAAUCUAAAGGCUAUGGCUUUGUUACUUUUAGGGAUGUUGAAUCUGCCAAUAAGGCUUGUGAACAUCCACCUCCGAUGAUUGAGGGAAGACGAACCACCGUCAAUCUGGCUUACCGUCGUGUAAAGAAUAACGCUAACCAAUCUAACCAAACCGGUUUACUUAACACCUUCACAAACCUUAAAAUUGCAGGUUCGUUUAAUCAGAUGGCAUGGCAUCCAUAUCAGAACGGUUGGUUUCAUCAGGGGGCGUGGCAUCAGUAUCCGCUAUUUAAUGCAUUUCCACAUUUUCCUCAAGGCUACUGGGAUUCACAUUAUGGAGCAUAUCGUUACAUUAAUGGCGUUUCACACCAUCCUUGCCCCUACACCGUGACCAAUAGUGUACGACCUGCCGGUGUUUCUCAGCCGCCUAGAGGACCAAGAUUUGAGGAAAUCACUGAUCCCAAUCCAGAAGCAGUCUCUACUGCAGAUGCUGUGAGUAAUGUCAACAAUGUAGAGGAUACAGAAACAGGCAGUGAUGGUGAUCAGCAAAUGGGAAAGGAUCAAGAAGGAGAGAUCAGUAGUGGACAAGAAAGUGGUGCCGAGCAAGAUGUUAAGGAUGAACAGGAAAAGAUUGUGAGUGGAGAAGAUGAUGACACCAAGCAUGGUGCAGGUGUAACAGAUCAGCUUUGUUUAACAAUCCAAACCGAGACAUCUGAAAACACACCACAAGAAAACGGUCUUGAUCAUGAAGAGAAGACACGACACAUGGAAGUUGGACUGACCACGAACAAUAAUGCAUAUGAGUAA